UACUGCGUCAAACUGUUUUACCCUCGAGUUUUGCCCUUCAAUGUAGGAGAAAGAAACACACGCGAGGAGCUCGCAGAGGCGCGCAGACACGGAGCGGCGCGGGUUGAGUCUAUAAGGUUCUCAUGUGUUGUUUAAGAGCGCAGCGCUGCUCGAGCGACACUCAUCCUUGAACUCAGCGUUUGGAAAGACUGUAGAUCCGCUCGGGAAAAUGGCAGAAACCGCUCCAGCCCCGGCUGCUGCCGCGCCGCCGGCCAAAGCGCCCAAGAAGAAGUCCGCCGCCAAAGCCAAGAAAGCAGGUCCAGGCGUCGGUGAGCUGAUCGUCAAAGCCGUGUCCGCGUCCAAGGAGCGGAGCGGCGUGUCCCUCGCAGCCCUGAAGAAAGCUCUCGCCGCCGGCGGCUACGACGUGGAGAAGAACAACUCCCGCGUCAAGCUUGCCAUCAAGAGCCUGGUGACUAAAGGCACCCUGCUGCAGGUCAAAGGGACCGGCGCCUCCGGCUCCUUCAAGCUCAGCAAGAACCAAACUGAGACCAAGAAGAAGCCGGCGAAGAAGGCGGCUCCUAAAGCUAAGAAGCCCGCGGCCAAGAAACCCGCUGCUGCCAAGAAGCCAAAGAGCGCAGCGGCAAAGAGGCCCGCCGCUAAGAAAUCACCCAAAAAGGCCAAGAAACCCGCCGCUGCAGCCGCUAAGAAGACGACGAAGAGCCCCAAGAAGACAAAGAAGCCAGCAGCGCCCAAGAAAGCAGCCAAGAGCCCCAAAAAAGCCAAGACUGCCAAACCCAAGGCAGCAAAACCCAAAAAGGCAGCCCCCAAGAAGAAAUAA